AUGUGGGCUCGGACAUCUCCCUGCCCACCACCGCCCACUCACCCACUACCGCCCACUUGCCCACCAUCGCCCUCUCGACCAGGAUGGCAACGGCAGGCACAGGACGAUGACGACAGGCACGAUGAUGACAAUGGGCAUGACGAUGACAACAGCAGGAGGCACAAUGACAACAACAGCGGUGGGCACUCUCGCCCUCUGCUUCGCCCUCUGCCUCGCCCUCUCGCCCUUGUUCACCUCUUGUUCACCCACCGGCUCGCCCUCUCUCCCUUGCCCUUGCCCUCUCGCCACCUCGUCCUCUCGCCCCUCUCACCCCUCUCGCCCUUUUGCCUCUCUCGCCCUUUCACCCGUUUCGCCCACCUUGCCCACCUCGCCCUCACCCACCUCGCCCUCUCGCCCUCUACCCACCUCGACCUCUCGACCUCUCACCCUCUACCACCUCACCCUCUCGUCCACCUUGUCCACCUCACCCACCUCGCCUCACCCACCUUGCCGUCUCACCCACUUCACCAUCUCGCCUCGCCCACCUUGCCGUCUCACCCGCCCCACCGUCUCGCCUGCUGUCACCCACUGACCGACAAGCGGACUGAGGAUGAGCACGAGUGCAAGGAGGGGGAGCACAAGGGAUGGAAGGGAGGAGCAGGAGGAGGGGCGGAGACCAGCAGGAAGGGUGGAGAGCAGGAGGAGGGACGGAGAACAAGAGGAGGGGGAGCAGGAGGAGGGUGGAGAGCAGGAGGAGGGGCAGCGAGCAAGACGACGCCGAAGUGA